AUGGGAAGCCUCUCAAAGGCACUUCUUAUGCUAGGCGGACUUCUAAUUCAUACGUGUAUGGCCAAUUAUUCGGAUUCAAACACAACUCUUCGAGAAAGAAGUCGAAACGACACUCCCUGCAAGGUAUAUCUCAUCCAAGGGAUGGAUUCGUGCUCUAGUAUCGCGAAAGCCUAUGAUAUUACCACGGCAGAUAUCGAAAAACACAACAGCAAGACAUAUGCAUGGAAGGGCUGUGAUAAACUGAGGCAAGGUGACUUCAUAUGUGUUAACUCCGGAGCACCCCCGAUGCCAGCGGCAUUGCCAAAUGCGGUGUGUGGACCACAAGUCCCAGGAACCAAACGUCCAACAUUCCCCGAGGCCUGGGCUAAUCUCAGCUCUCUUAAUCCAUGCCCUGUUGGGCAGUGUUGUAACGAAGGACAGUGCCAGAAUGGAGCAGAUUCCUGCGGUGCUGCAGUCGGCCAGGCUACAGUUGCUGCCACCUCGACAAAAUCAUCACCUACUUCAUACACAACCCAACGCAUCACUGUGGAUACAAGCAAGGACUCUACAACUACAACUACAACUACCUCAAUGAGUACCACCAGAAAAGACAAGACCACAACGACCGAGUCAAAAACAACAACGACUGAGAAGCCCGAAGAGACCGCCGACUUCUUCUCCAUUUUCAUAUAUCGAUCGAAGGACUGUGAUCCUGAUGGCGAUUAUUAUGCAGUGGAAGGCCACGCCAUUGGCUUUAACCAAGAUUGCUUUGGAAUACAUAGCGGGAUAUCUAACAUUAGUACUGCAACGAACACAUAUUGCAAUUGGUACUGGAAUGGAGGCAAGAACAUGUCACACUGUGAUUUUGGAGAUGACAUUAGUUUCAAAUCAAUCCGCGUCCCAGCUGGAAUGUGCAACAUUUUUGAUACGGAUGACUGUCAAAGCAAUGGCAUGGCACAGCUUUAUACUUACGAUGAUAUCCGUAAGAACGGCUGCAAAAAUGUGGACAAGGCGGCACCCGGAGUUCUUGCGGGGAUGCAAUGCUAUAAAAUGGUAUAA